UGGGUUCCUAGUGUAGGUAUCGGGUGUGGACUAGGACAUAACUUAAAGUAAUAUAUAAUAUAGACAUAACUAACUGCAAUUUCUUCGACAUCUUUACUGUAUCAAAGCAGCAAAAAUAGAGCUAGCCCUUACUUUCAGUUUAUCUAUAUAACUAAUGUAAUGGGAUUGGUGAUAUUCGUGAAAUUUAAGUAACUUAAACUGAUACAGUCUUAACAGUUGUUUCUUGCCUGGAAAAUAGUGGAUGAAAAUGACUUCACAGGCACAAGACGAUAGCGAUGAUGGAAUGGAUGCGUUCAUGGACAAAUUUACCCAGCAUAAAUAUAAAGAUGGCUUUAAUGAGAACAACUGGGAGGAGGAAUUUGACAAGGUGCCCAUGUUCAUGAAGACAGCCCCUGAAGAGAUUGAUCCCCAGAAAUUUCCAGAGCUAGCCUGUCUGCAGUCCAUUAUUCAUGAUGAUGACAGACCACUGGAAGAACAAGCAAAGGCCUUAAAAGAUGAAGGAAAUGAUUACUUCAAGGAAAAGAACUACAAGAAGGCUAUCGUGGCUUACUCAGCGGGUCUAAAAAAGAAAUGCAGUGACACUGACCUGAAUGCCAUCUUGCACACGAACAGAGCAGCUGCACAAUUCCACCUUGGUAACAUGCGUUCCGCUUUGAAUGACUCAGUUGCUGCGAAAAAGCUUAAACCAGACCAUAUUAAAGCACUAUUGAGAGGUGCCCAGUGUUGCAUGGAGCUGCGCAGCUAUGGCGAGGCCCUGCAGUGGUGUGAGGAGGGGCUCAGGAUUCAGCCGAAGGACAGGAAACUGCUAGAGCUGCGAACUGCGGCUGACAAACUGAAGAGGACAGCGGAGAAAGAUGCUCGGAAAGCAAAGGCGAAGGAGAAGAAGGAACGCGCUGAGAGGGAGGCCCUGCUGGCUGCCAUCAAGGCGCGUGGCAUUAAGUUGCUUAAGCUGGAGCAGCCUUCCAAGCACGGUUCUGACAGUGGAGAGGAGUGCGGAGGCUGCCCGUCUGCAGCCGCGGCGGGGUUCGAUUGCAACGGCUUGGGCUCUGAAGAGGCUACGGGGGCUACGGUGUUCCUGGACGAACAAGGCACCCUGCACUGGCCUGUCCUCUUCCUGUACCCAGAGCACCAGCAGACAGAUUUCAUAUCGGCCUUCAGUGAGUCCACAUGCUUUGGAGAUCACCUGACAGUCAUGUUUGGGGAAGAGCUUCCUCCCUGGGAUACUGACAGAAAAUAUCUCCCCCAGAACUUACUGCUGUACUUUGAAGAUUUCAAGACAGAGCAACUAUAUCAGGUUGAUCUGAAAAUCCCCCUUCUACGUGUCCUACAGCAUGACAGGUGUUUUGUGAAACAAGGAACUCCCAGCUUCAUUGUCGUGGUAAAGGGGUCUGCCUACUGUAAGGAGUUCUUGUCAGGGAAGAAGGUUCACACACUGAAAUGAAAUCAGCAGCAUGAGUGGUGUACUGACUGAAAACUGUUUGUCACCAACCAAACUAGCAGUGACCAGCUGUCAACAGCCCAGACUUCACAGUUUGGCGUGAUUUGAGUUUCCUGUGGAGUACUUGGAUACUCGUACUUAGGCCAAUUAUUUUUUUCUCUAAGUAAGGACGUCUCGUAUCCGGUUAAGGGUAGAUUUUCUGAAUAAGGACAUCUGGCAAACAAACAUUAAUACUUAAGACUCUAAAAAAGGAAGCUUUGGAAGAGGUACCAAAAGCACGAGGAAUACCAGGAGUUUCACAGCUUUAGAAUCGAGUAGAACUAGAAUAAAGGAAAUGUGCAGGUGAAGAGGUCAGAAGGAAGAGCUGGAGACCAUGGUUACGGAAAGAAUUCUUUUUUGGGCCGUCUUUUCACGAUCAUGAGAAACUCACAUGCAGAUACAAACAGACACAUUUGACUGUCAAAAUCUUUUUUUAACUAAUAAAAAUCCAGUCUGAAAACAGGA